AUGGAGGUCAACCGGCGCUCGCUCAACGAUUUCCAGCCGUCGUCGGCGACAUCUCGAGGCUCACUCGCGUUCACUCGUGAAGAUCGCAGUGCGCGCUUCGAAGUGGACGUCGUCGAGCCGGAGCACAUGCUCAUGCAAACUCCCUUGCCAACGGCCGGCGUCGAUGGAGAUGACCACAUGUACAACACUGCGUCGACAGACACUUCGCACAGCUUUCCCUCGUCUUCUCGAGAUGGUCCUCGUCGGUCGUCCUUGUCGACCCGCCCUGUCGGCAUCAACACACAGUACUCUACGCGGCCGACGGUGUUUGAACGACCGUCGGAGGUACCAACUACGUCCGAUAGCGACAUGCCGACGCGCGGGGUGCAGCCCAUGACGCUUACAUAUGUCGCCGAACCAACACGGUCCGAGACGGCCAAGGACUACAGGGGCCGUCGGCGUGUGUGGCCCGGUCUCGUUCUCCUCGCCUGCAUUAUUACUCUCGGCGUUGUGUCCAUCUCGUUUGGCGCGAAAAAGUCGUACGAGAAUGCCACGGCCCGCCUCACGUCGGUUCAAACAGCCGCCGCCAAGCGCCGCGCGAUACAGGACGGGCUCGGCGACGACUGGGAUGUCGCCGACGAUGGCAUCGUGAACAAUCCGCGCAAGUACACGACCAAGUCUUGCUCUUUGCCCAACUACCUCAGCAAGAACGGCCAGAUCGUGGCGGCGUCGCCCAACGGCACCGAGGUCGCCGUCGGCAUCAAGGGGGUCAACUGGUUCGGCAUGGAGACUCUCAACGCUGUGCCGUUUGGGCUGUGGCAAAACGACCAGAACGGCACGACCGUGUUUGAAAUUGCCGCGUUCCUCCAACGCAACGGAUUCAACAGCGUCCGUCUGCCCGUGUCGGUCGGUCACAUUCUCGACGACACGCCGCCGGCGCUGGGACUCGUGAACCGCCAAGCGAAUCGCGCGAUGAACUUGAAGAGCUACAUGACGACCAUCCAGUCCAUCGUGCAGGCGCUCGGGUUCCGCCAGAUCUCGGUGCUCAUCAGUAUCCACACGCUGAUGCCGGACGACAACACAGGCGGCCUCUGGUACGACAAAAAGGUGCCCGAAGCGAGCGUCCUCAAGUCGUUCGACCUCCUCGCCAAGGGGCUGUGCUCGGACGAGUACUGGAACGUGCUCGGCAUCGAUCUCAAAAACGAACCGCACAAAGCCACGUGGGGCGAUGGCGUUGCCGCCACGGACUGGGUCCUCGGCGCGACCAAACUCGGCAACCACAUGCUGUCCGUAUGCCCAAACUGGGUCGGAUUCGUCGAAGGUAUCAACGGAGGACCGCAAAAGGGCGUGAUCGACGGCAAGGAGUGGACGUACUACAACUGGUGGGGCGGCGGGCUCCAAGGAGCGGCCACUAAAGGCGUCGAGUUCGCCACACGAAACAAGAUGGUGUAUUCGCCGCACUAUUACACGACGGCGGUGGCCCCCCAAGACUACUUUUACGACGGCAAGUGGCAGCUCAUGGUGGAACUGCCCGACGAUCGCCUUCGCACCCGUGUCGCCGACUCGAUGUUUGUCAUGUUUGGGUUCCUCGCCGGCACCGACGCCGCGGUCGUGAUGGGCGAGUUUGGCGGGUUGUACGCCACCGACAAGCACCCGCUGCUCACGACGAAGCGGACCACCGACUUUACCAUCGAAACGAUGGUCCAAAACAAGUACGCAGGCGCUUACAUGUGGUCGCUCAACCCCGAAAGCGCGUACCAAUUCAACCCGAUCACGCCCGGAUCGUACACGGAAGGACUCCUCCUCGACGACUGGCUCACGCCCAACAAACCUUUUCUCAAGGGCAUGGAAGCGCUGAACAAGCUCCCGAACGUUCGACCGUUCCCGUGCUUCUUUGACAAGAAGCCGUAACAUGUUCUAUCGAAUGCCAACGUCGUCGUCUGCCGCAUCGUCAAGGGAUUUCGUGCACAGUCCUUUGUCGCUACGACGCACAGCAAAACUUGCGUCGACAAACGGACGGUGGUGACGUUGUCGACUGGAGCGGGCAGCUCACAUUCUACGGCGCUCGGGUUCCUUCGACCAUGCGGAUGUCGUCUCGAUCGCCUGGAAACUCGAGACGAUCGCGACCAGGCGAGUCGUCUUCGCCACGCAACAGCUUCUCAACGCGAUCGAUCCCUCGCAAUGCCUUGACACAGGUUGGAUUGAUGGACAGCGCGUGAUGGUACUGUGGCAGCGCCAGGCCAUACGAUCGAUUCAACGUGUGUACGUCGCCCAACUUGGCAAACACGACGUCCCGUGCAAAGUGGUGGGUCAGCAUCUCGAGCCUGCGCGACGGUCAAGUGAGCCCAUGCAUGAAACGGAGGGGGCCACACCGCUGAAUCGCAUCCGCGUACUUGGCUUCGGCAAUCAAGAUGUCCACGAGGCCAAAAUGCGCGCGCAGGAGCUUGGGCCGCAUGCUCAGCGCCUUUUCAAACGCUUUGCGCGCCUAAUGGAGGGAGGCGGUGUCUCCGCGGUGGGCACGCGAUGAAACGAGCAAAGAUUCGUCAAGUACCUUGUCGCGACUGUCGGGCUUGAGGGAUAGCACGGACCCGAGCAACAAGUAGGCGCGGGGACUGUGGGGCAUGUACAUGAGGGCGAGCCGCGCGACGUUCAUGGCUUCCAUGUAUUUAUCGACGCCUUUGAGGCAGAUGCCACACAGCCCUUCGCCCAU